AGAACGAGGUAUAUUUCUUAGGAAAUUCCAAGAAUUUGUGGGUAAAGUAGAAGCAGAAGAUUUGUGACACUGGACACGCCCAACCAAUCAGAAGACUCAAUCUUUAGAACCAAGAUGGCGGCACGUAGAAAGUAUUAUUUAUCUCGUUUCUCUCGCGAGGAACUAGUAAGGAAUGAAAAAUAUCGUUUGGAAAUAUCUGAAAACGACGUCUACGGCUCGUGGAAGGUAAUCCAAUGCGAAUCUCCAGCGAAUUUUGAUCAUUGCAACUUAAACAGCUCUGAAUUGACAUUCGAUGAAGCUGGAGAUAUCAGAUGGAAACUACAUCAAACACCGUCUGAUUUUUUACCAUUUCUAACGUGCGAUAGUUAUGAGUUAGCUCCUUGUCCAGACUGUAAGUACAAGGAUUGUGAUCAGGAUAGUGAAGCUCUGAAACUGAACCUUCUCAGCUCAGAAACUGGUGAACUAGCACCAUUUAUUCUGACUCUUUCAUCGGACAAGACCAUCAUGACCAUUCGUUAUCAAUUUUCACCAAUGCUUGUUCUCAAAUGCGAGAAGUUGCAAGAAGAUAGAAUCAAUCCCCAUCUUUCAUUGUGGUCAUAUUCAUUGCUUCCUGCACUCCGGGAUGGUUUGUUCUCAGAUUUGACAAUCACUGCCGAAAAUGGUCAAAAGUUUGAUGCUCACAAAGUUGUUCUUCUCUGCGCUUGUCCGACAGUCGACUGGUCUACGAGUCCACCUCCUUUAUCAAAUUGGCCAGCAGAUGCAGUUGAGGCUACACUUCAUUUCUUCUACGCUGGAUCCUUGCCUCCAAACGUCUGCGAAGACACCGUUGAAAAGAUCCACUCCUUGUUGGAACAAAACAAGAGGAUGAAGAAGUUAUAUGAAGUUUGUACACAGUUCUUAGAGUCGACUGCUCUGAAGAGAAGAAUAACGAAGCUUCUGAACUGUAUAUUUGGCGUGAUUGAUGAAGCUUAUGACGUGUUGAUUAAUAUGAAGCAGAAAGAUUUUGAAUCCCCUCACGGUAAUGGACUCUGUGAUCCAAAAAAUCUCCUCGGAGUUUUCAAGCAGAUCGCUCGGCAAUUGUCAUUAGCUCUGGCAAGGUUUGCGUUGUUUUGCGAAAUAUUUACAAAAUACAAGAAUGAAAUGACCAGAGAUGAAAGACACGACAUAAUCAAAAGUCUAAAAUCGAGAUUACUUGCGGUCAAAGACAAGUUAAGACAGUGUAGCGACUUGUUUCUUGAAAGUUUAGCUUCUUUAACUUUGGAAGAACAAAAAGAUUUGGCCAGAUUUCUAGUCCCAGAGGUAGACAAUGCAGUUGAAGUUGGAACGAAACUUGCAAUGGACGGCAAAGAUGCCUUGGAUAAAAUUGUCCAAACCUCAGACCAGGAGUUUCGGAAGAAACCGAAAAAGAAAGUUGGAAUGAAAUUAGGGAAAGCUCUGCGAUUGUCGAUGUUUUCUAAAGAAGUUCAGUUUUUGAAGAAACUACAAGAAAAGGCCGCUUCAGGCUAUGUGUUCUUCUUUCAAAGAAGAGAGGAUUUCAAUUCGUUGCCUCCUGAUGGGAAAGCUACGUUGAUCUUUAACUGCAUACAGUAUCUUAUUGCGAAGGGUGCUCAAAAACUGGACCAAAUUGCAUUUGAGUUGCCAGAAAAUACGAGCAACACAAAGAACUGGAAAGCAUAUACAAAAAUUGUAACAUCAAAGUUGACCUGGCUUAUUAGCAAAAUGAAAUCUCACAAAAGCAUUGUGGAACCGAUUUUGCUUGAAAUUUGUGAACUUGUAAAACUGGAGGAGUUUUCCACGGUACUGGAGGAUUUGGUCUGCGUCAAAUGUUCGCCAUCAAAAGACGAAGGAGAUGCUUCCGAUAAUCCUGACGACAAAAUUUCAACACAAAGAGUUUCAACACAUAAGACUAACAAUCCUCACCCGCUGACCGACACGACUGCAUCCGCGGCCAGCGUCAGUUUAUCAAGGUCAAUGGGGUCUGUGCUCAAGACAGGACAGUACAGCGACAUGACGUUUCUCCUGCGUGAUGGUAGCGAUAUUAACCAAUCAUUGUUGGCUGAAGAUGAAACCGCUGAUCAAAACAGUUGUUUGCGGGCUCAUCGCGUUGUCCUGGCCUCGAGAUGUGAUUGGUUCAGACGUGCACUGACAAGCGGAAUGAAAGAGUCGAUUGAAAGGACAAUCCAUGUCUACGACACUGACAGAGAAUCUUUCUACGAAUUUCUUAAGUUUAUUUACACCGGUGAUUUGAACACAGAGUCAAAAACUCUGGAGAAUCUUCUUGAGUUGCUGGCAUUAAGUGAUCAUUACGAGGUUGAUAAUUUAAAAGAAAUUUGUGAGCAAGCUAUGAUCUGCCAUUUUACAAAAAGCAACAUUUUUGAAAUUCUUGUCCUAGCAGAUCGUUUCAACGCCAAGAAAUUAAAGUGCGACGUGUUGCGUUUUAUCCAAACAAAUUUCACCGAGGAAGAUAUUCGACAUAAUGGAGAUUUCAUAAGUCUUUCUGUGACACUCAAAAAUGAUUUGCUUGGGACGUACCGCGCUCAACCGUAUAAAACGUGGCCAAAAAGGUGUAUUGAUAGUAGCAGUGAAGACAGUGAUGGAGAAUCUUAUUCAUCCUCCCCAAGGUUCAAGGUGUUGGAGGAGAUGUCUGUGUCAGAUUUGGACGUUUGUAACUUAGCAUUUGAAGGAAAUUUGGUAAAAUUGAGAGAGAAAAUUGAAGAAAAGAAUGUCCUCUUACGCACUAAAGAUCAGAGCUGCAGAGUGCCUCUUCACUGGGCUGCUUCUGGUGGACAUGUCGAUGUUGUGAAAUAUUUGUUGGAACAAGGAGCAGACGUGGAUGUGAGGGAUGAGAUGGAAUGGACACCACUGAUGAUCUCUGUGUCAGCUGGAAUGAUGGAGGUCGUAAGGUUGUUGAUUGGCUACAGCGCUGAUGUGAAUGUCACGAACAAAACAGGCCAGUCACCUCUACAUUAUGCUGCAUCGAAAAAUAGGCUUCAGAUUGCAGAAAUACUUCUUGAACAUGGAGCUGAAGUGAAUGUCUUUGAUAAAACAAGCAAAGCAACCCCACUCCACCGUGCUGCUUCAAGAGGUCAUUCGAAGAUGGUGGCUUUUUUGCUCAAACAAAAAGCAAAUCCAAAUCAUGGUGACAUUGAAGGGAACACACCGCUGCAUAUGGCCUGUGAGGAAGACAGGUCGCAAGUCGCACAAAUAUUGGUUGAGAACGAAGCUGAUAUGACACUUCUUAAUAAGGAAGAGAAAACGGCGUUGGAUCUGGCAAGCAAGCAACUCGCCAGUCAUCUCAGAAGAUUGACGGAAUGAUUUAAGCUGGAUGAUGGAUGGACAGUCUCCGAGGCGCGUAUGUACACUGCUUGAUAAAUAAAAACUAGUAAACAGUACUCACAUAAGGGGCGAACGGAAGAGAGAGACUGAGAGAGCCAAUAAUAUCAAAUUUACUACUAUUUUCCAUUCCACACUAUUUACACUGUAUGUUUAUAUCAACAACGGAGGCCGAGACGUGUGGGAUUUGAACCUUAUCGGGUUCGACCUGCGGUGAUAUUUUUAUUAGAAUUGAGCCCGACUCUGAGUUGUUUUCGAAGCAGGCUUUUUUAAGCGGCAGGUUUAUUUUUAACUCAAGUCUUUUAUAAUGAUAAGAGUUGAUUCGUGGACAGUAAUGAGUGUUAUAAUCCCCCUCUCUUACCGCCUAAAUAAGAUGUUAGCAAUCCCGUUGAAAUCUUAUCAAUGGAGUCCGCAUAUUGGACUUUGAAACACGAAACACUUUUUAGUCUAGUCCAAUAUAUCUUCUUGUGAUGCUUCGGACUAAUUAUAUGUACCUGAGGUUUGCAAAAUUUCUGUUAAACAUUGAAUAAAAUGUUUAUUGGGGAAACGCGCUUGAUCAUAAUCACAAGCUAUAGGAAUAUCCUUAAUCCUUGAACUUCAAUAUCACGUUGAGGUUAUGCAUAUUUAUGAUAAUGGAAGAAUAGUCGUUUCGUUAAAAAUCGAAUGGACUAAAAAACACAAUGAUUAGUACUGACUUUCGAAUGUAUAAAUGAGUGCAAUUACUUGUAUGAAUAAAUUGAGCCGUUUUCAAGAUGAAACGAUCAAAUUUUAUAAUCAAUUUAUAAUUUUGUGGGCAACGUCUGCCUGAGAAACUCUCACAGCAUAUCUUUCUUUGAAAUGUUUUGUGAAUUGUGUAAUUGAAAACAUACAAAUUAAGAGUGCACAGUAUCCUCCCGUGGGGGCUUUAAUAUGUUAUAUUAAUUUUCAUCUGUUCUUUUUUAAUUUCAAUUCUCAAACUCACAGUAUUUCAUUUGUAAUUGAAACCUAAUGACGCAAUUUGAUUAAGCAUUUUAAUCUGUGAUAAAUCAUCGGUAAAUUAUGACGUUUGAAUUUGACAAUUUCUUCCGAAAGUCCAAAACACUAAACCACAAUUCCACAUAAUCCGACGACAAAUGGACGCUGUAUUCAAAUUUAUUUGUCAAUUUCUUGAUAAACUUUGUUGCAUUUGAGUAAACUUUAUAGACCUUCGUAUAAUUAAACCGUCUGAAAUUCCCAUCAUCGGCGAUGUGGGUCUCUAAUUUUAUUACAUUUUUCUAAUCAUGAAAGAUUUGUAGUCAGACAAUUUCCUAAACACGUACAAGUUUUAAUGAUAGUCUUUGUCUUCGAGAGA